AUGUCCACGACACUCCUCACCACUUUCGCUUGCGGACACGAAGAACGUUCCGCCACUCGAAUCGGCGAGGAACAAGAGCCUGGUGUGAUGGGAAUCAUUCGACGAAUGAGCUGUAAGAGCCCAUCUGGAGCUGUGAUUGCGAAUUCGGCACUUUUGUGUACAACAUGUCGGGAAAAGCCACAUCCAGAACCACUCAGAUCUCACCCGGUUGUCAUCAUCAAUCCCCGAGAACCGAGACAACCUGACGGAGGUGAUGUAAACCCAUAUGCCAAUGAGUUGGCUGAACUCCCCAAAUAUGGCGCACAUGACUUCACGCGAAAGAGCCCAGAUGAUGUAGAUAGGAAAGUUUGCCGCCGGCCACUAGUUCCGAUCGACUCCUCUACAGAUGAUGUCCGUCGAGCUGCGAAGUCAUCGAGAUGA